AUCUUGUUAAUAUUUAUAGUUCUCCUUUCUCUUCGCUAGUGUGAAUGUUAAGAUGACGCAGUACAUGCCAUUGUUCAGAUCAUGCUCGAGUUUACGAACACUAUCCCAACUCCACGCUCACCUCCUCGUCACCGGCCGUGUCCGUCACGACCCUCUUCCCGUAACAAAGCUCAUCGAGUCCUACACUCACAUGGGCUCUCCCCACUCGUCGAGACUCGUCUUCGAGUCCUUCCCUUACCCUGACUCCUUCAUGUACGGUGUCCUCAUCAAAUGCAACGUCUGGUGCCACUUGUUCGACGCAGCCAUUGAUCUUUACCACAGGUUGGUUUCGGAGAAGACGCAGAUCAGCAAGUUCGUGUUCCCAUCUGUCUUGAGAGCUUGUGCUGGCUCGAGAGAGCGUUUAGGUGUGGGUAAGAAAGUCCACGGGAGGAUUGUUAAGAGCGGUGUAGACGGCGACGAUGUGAUAGAGACGUCUCUGUUGUGCAUGUAUGGUCAGACUGGGAAUUUAAGCGAUGCGGAGAAGGUAUUCGACGGAAUGUCUGUGAGGGAUAUCGUGGCUUGGAGUACCCUUGUUUCUAGCUGUUUGGAGAAUGGUGAGGUGGUGGAGGCGUUGCGGGUGUUUAAGUGUAUGGUUGAUGAUGAUGGUGUGGAGCCGGAUGCUGUGACGAUGAUUAGCGUGGUUGAAGGAUGUGGUGAGCUUGGAUGCUUGAGGACGGCCAAGUCAGUUCAUGGAAUGAUAACGAGGAAGAUGUUUGAUUUUGAUGAAACGUUAUGCAACUCUCUGCUUUCUAUGUAUAGUAAGUGUGGGGACUUGCUUAGCGCGGAGAGAGUAUUUGAGAUGAUCGUUAAUAAGAGUGCUGUUUCAUGGACUGCUGUUAUCUCUAGUUACAACCGCGGCGGGUUCUAUGAGAAGGCGUUGAGAAGUUUCAGUGAGAUGUUAGAGUAUGGUGUUGAGCCGAAUUUGGUUACACUUUAUAGUGUUUUGAGCUCUUGUGGACUGUUAAAGUUGGUUAGAGAAGGCAAGUCUGUCCAUGGUUUUGCAGUUAGACGAGAGCUAGAUCCGAACUACGAGUCUCUUUCUCCUGCCUUAGUCGAGCUGUACGCUGAAUGCGGGAAGUUAACCGACUCCGAGGCGGUUUUACAUGUGGUUGGUGAUAGAAAUAUUGUGUCGUGGAACUCUCUUAUCUCUCUAUACGCAAACAAAGGUAUGGAGAUCGAGGCGUUGUCCUUGUUUAGACAGAUGGUGACUCGGCGGAUGAGACCUGACUCGUUCACUUUAGCAAGCUCAAUCUCAUCGUGCGUGAGUGAUGGUUUAGUCCGGCUAGGGAAACAGAUUCACGGACAUGUUGCAAGGACGGAUGUUUCUGACGAGUUUGUGCAUAACUCGAUGAUAGACAUGUACUCUAAAAACGGACUUAUGGAUUCAGCAUGUGUGGUGUUUGGUCAAAUCAAAGAGAGGAGCGUUGUGACGUGGAACUCGAUGCUCUGCGGUUUUUCUCAGAAUGGUAACUCCUUAGAGGCGAUUAACCUCUUCGACUAUAUGUAUAGCAACUGUCUCGAGAUUAAUGAAGUUACAUUCUUGGCGGUUAUCCAAGCUUGCUCAAGCAUAGGUUCACUGGAGAAAGGCAAAUGGGUUCACCACAAGCUUAUUCUUUGUGGUGUAAAAGAUCUUUUCACUGAGACAGCUCUAAUUGACAUGUAUGCUAAAUGUGGAGAUCUCAACGCAGCUGAAACCCUUUUCAAGGCCAUGUUGAAUAAGAGCAUUGUGUCUUGGAGUAGUAUGAUCAACGCCUACGGAAUGCACGGACGCAUCGGCUCAGCCGUAUCUACAUUCAACCAGAUGGUGGAAUCAGGAACUAAACCUAACGAAGUUGUUUUCAUGAACGUUCUCUCUGCUUGUGGUCACUCUGGUUCAGUGAAAGAAGGUAAACUCUACUUCAACUUGAUGAAAAGCUUCGGCAUCUCACCGAACUCGGAGCAUUUCGCAUGUUUCAUCGACCUUUUGAGCCGUUCCGGUGAUCUCAAAGAGGCAUAUAGAACCAUCAAGGAGAUGCCGUUCUUAGCUGAUGCUAGCGUUUGGGGUUCUCUGGUCAAUGGUUGCAGAAUCCAUCAGAGAAUGGACAUCAUCAAAGCCAUAAAGAAAGAUCUUUCGGAGAUAGUAACCGACGACACGGGCUAUUACACUCUCUUGUCCAAUAUAUAUGCUGAAGAAGGCGAAUGGGAAGAGUUCAGGAGAAUGAGAUCGGCUAUGAAGAGUUUGCGUCUUAAGAAAGUUCCUGGCUACAGCUUGAUAGAGAUUGAUCAAAGAGUUUACAGGUUUGGAGCUGGUGAAGAGCCCUGUUUUGGAACAGAGGAAAUCUACAGGUGUCUUCGGAAUCUACAGAAUGCAACUCUUGAAGUAGAGUAUUUACAGACUAAUGAAUGAAAGACAUCUUAGAGCCAUGUAGGAAACAGAGAAGCAGAUUUUGUAAUAACCAACCAUUCUAAUAUAACACAACCAUGUAAUUCUUUUUCUGUAGCCCUUGUAAGAGAGGACAAGAUAU